AUGGUGCCUAUUGGGAGCAGGAUGGACUCUCAGACCAAGCACGCUUUGGUUGUGAAGGUGAUGGGCCGUACUGGAUCCAGGGGGCAGGUGACUCAGGUCAGAGUCAAGUUCAUGGACGACCCCAACCGCUUCAUCAUGAGGAAUGUCAAGGGUCCAGUGAGAGAAGGCGACAUCCUCACCUUGCUCGAGUCAGAGAGAGAGGCCAGGAGGCUUCGUUGAGAUCUUACCCUUCUGGUUUGGGACAGGUUUUCCGAUGGCUUGUUAUUGUGGUGUUUGGAAUACUUAGUAGCUGUGUGUCCAUCAGAACUUGGUGUCAUUGAGGUUUCUGUUCCUUUUGACAUGCUGAAUCAAAUUUUGUUGUCAUGAAGACUUGGAAAUCUGUGUUGCUGUGAGUUUUAUAAUGUACGGAUGUUUUUUAAGUGGUAAUCACUCUGAACGUUUGAAUCUCUAUCAUAGCUUUCUCUAGUUUGAUUGUCUUUUUUGCCCGUGUUGGUCCUGCGUCCUCCUGCCACCUAAAUAAUGCGGCUUGCUACCCUAA